AUGCAGGCUUCUCCACUUCAAACGAGUCAACCAGCUCCACCUGAAGAACUUCAUACAGUUGGCUGUGUGUCUACAAAUGAUGGGCAGCAAAUGAGGAGUGAUGAAGUAAAUCAGGUUGCAACAGGGCAUCAAAGCAAACAGAAACGUUCCAGAAAAUCCAAGAGACACUCUUCAUCUAAGAGAGGGAAGAGUAUGUCCCUGCGGUUAGACAAACGGGAAGAUGCUAGCAUCACUCACAAUGUCCAUGAAGAGAAGGUAAAAAAUGGCCAGCCAGCACCUGGUAAUGUCGUCACAACUGUUCCACCACUCAACCACUUCAAUUGGUUUCCAGAUGCUGCAGUCACUCACAACGUCCGUGAAGAGAAGAUAAAUAACAGCCAACCAGCACCUGAUAACACCUUGUCGACUGCUCCAGCAUGGCUUGGUAAUAUGGCAGCAGCUGGAGUUUCAUCCACGAGCACGAGAGAUCUACAUGCUACCGUCAAUCCCAAUGUCCAUGAAGAGAGGAAGGAAAAUGGCCAACUGCAAAUGGAUAACGUCUUGUCAAAUGUUCUAUCAGGGCUGAUUUAUAUGGCAGGAGCUUGUAUACCAGCGAUGAGUACCAGGGAUCUGUAUGUUACCAUCACUCACAAUGUCCGUGAAGACAGGAUGGAAAAUGACCAACCCCAAACUGAUAAUGUCUUGUCAACUGCUCCACCACAGCUUGGUUAUAUGGCUGCAGCUCCAUCCACAAGUAUCAGGGAUCUGUACGCUACAGUCACCUUCACAGUCCCUGAAGAGAAGAUGGAAAAUGGCCAGCCCCAAUCUGAGAACCUCUUGUCAACUGCUCCAACAGGGUUUAUUAAUAUGACAGGAGCUGUUAUUCCAUCCAUGAGUACCAAUGAUCUGUUUUCCACCGUCACUCACAAUGUCCGUGAAGAGAAGAUGGAAAAUGACCAACCCCAACCUAAUAACAUGUUGUCAACUGUUCAACCAGUGGUUAUUUAUUUGGCAGCAGCUGGUAUUCUGGGCAUGAGUACCAGGGAUCAGUAUGCUACCGUCACUCACAAUGUCUGUGAAGAGAGGGUGGAAAAUGACCAACCACUACCUAAUAACGGCUUGUCAACUGUUCUACCAGGGCUUACUUAUUUGGCAGCAGCUGGUAUUCCAGCCAUGAGUACCAGGGAUCAGUAUGCUACCAUCACUCACAAUGUCCAUGAAGAGAAGAUAAAUAACGGCCAACGCCCUGAUAAUGUCAUGUCAACUCUUAUACCAGGGCUUAUUAAUUUGGCAGGAGCUGGUAUUCUACCUAUGAGUACCAGAGAUCAGUUUGCUACCAUCAAUCACAAUGUCCAUGGAGCGAGGAUGGAAAAUGGCCAACCGCAACAGGAUAAUGUCUUGUCAAAUGUUCUAUUCGGGCUUAUUAAUAUGGCAGGAACUGGUACUCCUUCAGUUAGUACCAGGGAUCUGUAUGCUACCAUCACUCACAAUGUCCGUGAAGAGAAGACGGAAAAUGGCCGAUGCCAAACUGAUAACGUCGUAUCAACUGUUCCACCACAGCUUGGUCAUAUGGCAGCAGCUGGUAUUCCAUCCAUGAGUACCAGGGAUCUGUAUGCUACCGUCACUCAAAAUGUCCGUGAAGAGAGGAUGGAAAAUAACCAACCAUCACCUAAUAACGUCUUGUCAACUCUUCUACCAGGACUUGCUUAUUUGGCAACAGCUGGUAUUCUAGCCAUGAGUACCAGGGAUCAGUAUGCUGCAGUCACUCACAUCGUCUGUGAGGAGAAGAUAAAUAACGACCAGCCAGCACCUGAUAACAUCUUGUCAACUGUUCCACCAUGGAUUGGUAAUAUGGCUGCAGCUGGAAUUUCAUCCACGAGUACCAGGGAUCUGUAUGCUACAGUCACUCACUAUGUCCGUGGAGAGAAGAUAAAUAAUGGCCAACCAGCACCUGAUAACUUCUUGUCAUCCGUUACACCAGGGCUUAUUAAUGUGUCAGGAGAUGGUAUUCCACCCAUGAGUACCAGGGAUCAGUAUGUUACUGUCACUCACAAUGCCCAUGAAGAGAAGAUGGAAAAUGGCCAACAAGCAGCUGAUAACUCCUUGUCAGUGGUUCCACUGGGGCAUAUUAAUCUGUCAGGAGCUGGUAUUUCAUUCAGGAGUACCAGGGAUCUGUAUGCUACUGUCAUUCACAGUAUCCAAGAGGAGGAGAUGGAAAAUGGUCAAACACCUCCUAAUGGCUUCCUGUUAAAUUCUGCUCCACCAGAGCUUAUAAAUAUGACAGGAGAUCAUAUGCCACCCAACGCAUUGGAUUCUUUCUCCUACAACUUCACUAGUCUCAGCAGAGAUAAGCUGCUUUACAAACCUGAUAGUAAUGACUUGUGGUAGGCACCAAAAAUGGUCUCUGCAGGUGACCCACCAGUCACAGCAAUGUCUUCAGUGGAAACUGUGCCAAAUAUACCACAAAUAUCUCCUGCCAUGGCAAAGAAAAUUAAUCAUGAUAUAAAAUGUCAAUUAAUGAAAGAAGUUUGAAGGUUUGGGCAAAAUUAUAAAAGAAUUUUCAUUUUGCUUGAAGAAGUACAAGGAUCUAUGAAAGUCAAGAGACAAUUUGUUGAAUUUACCAUCAAGGAAGCAGCAAGAUUUUAAAAAGUUGCCUUAAUUCAGCAACUUGAGAAGGUGCUUAAAGAAAUAAAUUCUCACUGCCAUCUCAGAAAAGUUAAGCAGAGGAGAAAAAAAUAA